GUGACAGCGGAUGGCUCAGGAGUAAGGAUGCACCCAGGCUGACUCACAAGAAGAACCGGGCCAGUGAAGUGACCGGCAAAACGAUCGCGCAAUUUCUCGAAGACUUGGUGGAUCAAAUUCGAGUCAUUCAAGCAUGCCCAGCCUUUUUUGAUACCUCAAGGCUUCAAACUAAAUAUUUUAAAAGCUUGAACUUGCACCGACAUGUUCGCAAAUGCCGUUGCUGAAAAUGCUCUGGGCACUCUAGGAGCUGUUUGUUGGACUAUCCAGCUCUUACCACAGAUCCGGAAGAGUUGGCGAGAUAAAUCCACAGAGGGACUAUCACCCUGGCUCGUUCUUAUUUGGGGCCUUACCUCCAUAUUCUUAGGAGUGUACGCCAUCGUGCAAAAGCUCAGCAUUGCCCUCAUAGUACAGCCCCAACUCUUCGGAACAUUAUCCUUGGUGUCUUGGGGACAGUGUCAAUACUAUGACAAUAACUGGUCUAUCAAGCGCUCAGUUCUUACGGUUGCAUCCAUCAUCAGUCUCAUAGGUGGUCUCCAAGCCGGGAUGGUGUUCGCCGUCCGGCCCUCAUACGAACAUGGCAACCACCGCGGCGUUGACUUCUUCGGUGUCUUCGCCUCGGUCAUGCUCGCUGUCGGUCUGUUACCUCAAUUUUACGAGAUUUAUAAAUACAAGGAAGUCAUCGGGAUUUCGAUACUUUUCAUGCUAGUUGAUCUGUCGGGAGGGGUUUUCUCUCUGCUGUCCUUGGUUUUCAGAGAUUCCUUUGAUGCCCUUGCCGGGGUUGCUUACGGCUUGGUCGUCGUUCUUGAUGGAAUGGUCAUCCUUCUUGCAAUGAUUCUCAAUCCUCUCGCUCACAGGCGACGUCAACGAGCUGCCUCUGAAGAGGAAGUAUCGGUCAGCGACAUAGAGACUCCAACUUCAACUUCGACUCUGGAAGAACACGAUGUUGAUCCCGGCCCUUCGAAGGAGCUACCCGUGAAGAAUGAUUAG